AUGCAUCAAUCGGGAUUCUAUUGGCCUAAUCUAUUGAAGAAAAAUAUUUUCACUAGAUUCAGAACUCCGCGUGCUUUGAUCAGCGAUGGAGGUACUCACUUUUGUAACAAACUGAUGGGCAACCUCUUAACUAAGUAUGGGGUAAGACACAAGGUCACAACUGCUUAUUAUUUGCAAACCAGUGGUCAAGUGAAGGCCUCCAAUAGGGAGGUAAAGCAAAUUUUGGAGAAAACAGUGAGCGCAAGUUGGAAGGAUUGGGCUAGCAAGCUAUAUGAUGCUCUAUGGGCAUAUCACAUAGCAUACAAAACUCCAAUUGGCGCUUCACAGUACAUUUUAGUUUAUGGAAAAUCUUGUAAUGUUCCUGUUAAGCUUGAACACAUGGCAUAUUGGGCAAUCAAGAAGCUCAACAUUGAUAUGGAUCUAGCUGGGGAAAAAUGGAUGUUUAAACUAAAUGAGCUAGAAGAGUUUCGAAUUCACGCAUAUUAG